UGAGGCGAGAGAGGAAGCAGAGCAGCGUUGGCAGCAGCAUCAGUCACCUUGGACAGAAGAGGAGGAGAUGAUCGGCAGCAUCCUGAUCCUCUCUGAGUGAUUAUCUGUCCUGUGACUCUCCGGCAUCAUGAGCUCCUCCUCAGCAAACCUCCACAACAAACACCUGCCCUCUGAGACCGAGCGAGGCCAGAGGCUCCCAGAUGUGGACGCAGCACAGCAGCUCAAGUUAAGAGAGAGGCAGCGUUUCUUCGAGGAGGUCUUCCAGCACGAUGCGGACGUCUACCUGUCCUCGGCGCACCUGUGUAUCCGAGACUUUCAGAGACCUCCAAUUGGCAGCAUCUCAUCCAUGGAGGUGAACGUGGACAUGAUGGAUCAGAUGGAGCUGAUCGACGUCUCGGACCAGGAGGCCUUAGAUGUGUUCUUCAGCUCCAGUGGAGAAGAGGGGUCCAUGACCUCCCCGCUGCCAGUCCAAGGAAACAACAACAAUGGGGAGGUCAUCAACAAUGGACUCUUUCGACAUGUCCUCGAGGGUCUUGAUGCCAAGUCCCGCAUGUCGUCCACGUCUUCAAACUCCUCCUCUGACAGCCAGAGUCUGGACGCCCACCGAGGAGAAAUCUGCGAAGUCAGGUCAGAAGAUGAGAAAACACACACCAGCACAAUUAAGCGGAGAGCCGUGCCUCCUGAGAUGGAGAGAGUGAAGAGUCAUACUCCAUCAGCAUCUUCGUAGGACGCGCCCUCUCCACCUGCAGCACCUAGAUUACACUCCCGGCAGGUGGCAAAAAAUGGACUUCUGGACGAGAGCCAAUAAAAGAGCCUCCACAAACUGGCUCUUCUCACUGCUUUCAAGCUUUUCAUUUGAUUUAUGAGUUAUAGGGUUGGGUUCUGUGUGUGUUUUCGAGACUGUAAAUACUGGGAUUUCUUAUUAACCCUCAACUAUUUCUAUUCAUGUUUUGGCAUGUUGUAACGGACGUGAUUUGUUGCCCUGUUGUUGACCUCACUGGACCUGUUGACGAUGAAUGAUGACUUAAGGUACAUUUGGCAAAACACCACCGUGUUUCUAAUAAUUAACAAAACAGUUCCUGGUUAUUUGAAGGUGUUUCAGGAAAGGUAGUGAUACGUGUUCUUCCAUGGAAACUUGAUGACGCUACAACCACAACCUGUGAACCAGAACCAAAAAAACACUGGCUAUUAUUUGUGUGAGACGUUACUAUGUAUGUUGAGUUAUCAUCGUUCAGACUUUGUUUGUAUAGCACUUCUCAUACAAUUAAAAUGUAGCGCAAAGUGCUUCACACUGUACAACAACCCUAUCCCCCUCUAUGCACACACAAAGCAAUUAAUGGGUUUGUAAUAAUAAAGAAACUCAAAAAUA